AUGGAUUAUUACACGUUGAUAAGAGAGACCAGGAAAACGGCAUCAGUUAAACACCACUAUCCAUUCACUGCAUUAAUGAGACAGCUUUCAGAAUUCACUUGUAUGAAGAGGGCUAUCAAUACCGGAGAAAUCCAGAGUGCAUGUUAUCUGUGUCUAAAUGUGGAACGGGAGGCCAGUGGAUUCUGUGACGCAGAGGGAGAGCUGACCUCGGCGCCGCACGCAGCGACCCUCGGCCGCGAGUUUGGGCAUCUGAUGCGGGUGUGGCCUGUGAUCACCUACAGCUUGUCACCCUUGGAGCAGCGCGCCUUCCCGCACUACUUCAGCGAGGGCAUGCCCAACAUGCUGCACCGCACUCGGGCGUGCAUCUUUCGCGUCGUGCCGCCAUUUGUAGUGUUUUAUUUUGUCUACACAUGGGGAACACGGGAGUUUGAGAAAUCCAAGAGGAAGAAUCCAGCUGCCUAUGAAAAUGACAAAUGA